AUGAGCGGACAACAGCAACACCCGCAGAUCGACCCUCGACUUCGACUCGGCGGCGACUCCACCCCCUCCGCUCCGCCACCGCCGCUCAAGUACGAGCGACCACCACCCGUCCCACAGACAUACGCACCAUCCCCGCCGCAGCCAUACUACCACUAUCCGACACCGCAGGGACACACACCCCAGCAGCCGACUACAGGAGCACCAUCGACAGGCAGCGCGAGCAACCAGGCGAGUCCCGCUGCCCCACCGCCGCCGGGCGCGUAUCACAUUCCACACGACGCAAACGCAAACAACUCCCACGAUGACGGCGAAGGAGGAAUUGGCGAAGAUCCAAAGAGACCACGCGCGUGCGAAGCCUGCAGAGGGCUGAAAGUACGAUGCGACCAGGACCCGGCCCACCCCGAGCUGCCAUGUCGCAGAUGUCAGAAGGCAGGCAGGCAGUGCAUCAUCACAGCACCAAGUCGUAAGAGACAGAAGAAGGCAGACAGUCGAGUCGCUGAGCUGGAGAAGAAGUUGGAUGCCUUGACUGCCGUCCUCCAACAGCAGCAGCAGACAGGACAUGUGCCACAACCUCAGCAACAGUACGCUCCCUCUCCACGAGCUGGACCGGCACCGCCUGCGGAUAUGAUGCAGGGUAGACAACAGCCGGCGAAUAUACAGCAGGCACUGCAGCAGUAUCAUCAGAAUGCGGCAGACAGCCCGUCCGCGAGAUCUGGAUCGUCUGGAAUGCAGCCUCCGCAGAAGCGACGACGCACUGAGGAAGGCGCUACGGACACGCAGGAAAGUGCAGACAAUGCCAAUGCUGGACGGAUGGGACGAUAUCAAGCGAACCAGCCAGUUCAGGACGACUCGAUGAAGAGGCUCCAGCAAAUGAGCGACUCUUGGGGACCAUACGCCGACUCCAUGCGGUACCUUAUCCAUCGCUCGCCAGAGGAAUUCAUGAACAGGAUCAACACGCUCGUCAAUCCAGAAAUUGGCGUGACUAUCUUCAACCGCUACCUCCACAAGCUGGCACCUCAAAUGCCGGCAGUCGUAUUCCACCCUGACACAACAGCCGAGCAGAUCUUGAAGGAGAAGCCGAUCCUCUACGUCUGCAUUUUAUCGGCAUCCUCAGCAGGCACUUUACAUCCGGACGUCACAAAGCAACUCUCGCGUGAAGCCAUUCGCGCCAUCGCGGACUGUGUUGUAUGCAAUGGAGCCAAGUCGCUCGAGCUGAUCCAGGCUAUGCAAGUCCUCGCACUUUGGUACAAGCCACCGGAGAAAGCGGAGCAGACAAACUUUUACCAGAUCAUUCACAUGGCUGCUGUGAUGGCGAUCGACAUUGGCCUGGGCAAGAGGUUCAAUGCGACGAAGGCGAGACGAGGUUUUGGUGGCCCGCAUGCUGAGUUCGCGCCUGGGCCGCAGAUGCAGCUGCCGCAGAACUCGGAUACUAUCGAGGCGAGAAGAGCGUGGCUGAGUUGUUACUUUUUGUGUGCGUGUGCUUCGAUGGUGCUUCGCCGACCAAACCUGGUUCGAUGGUCUCACUACAUGAAGGAAUGCGUCGACAUCCUGGGGUCGAGUCCCGAAGCACUUCCUUCCGACAAGCUCUUCUGCCAGCACAUCAAGAUCCAGCACAUUUGCGAGGAGAUCGGUCUGCAGUUCCUGAUGGACGACAAUACUGCAACAAUCAGUAUCACAGAUCCGAAGGUGACCUACCAGCUGAACGUGCUGGAGAACGAGCUCAAGACUUGGUCAGACAACAUCCCGGCCGAGCUCAAGCAACAUCCUGGUCUCUGCUUCUUCGAGCAUGUUGCAAAUCUUUACUUGCAUGAGAUCGCCUUGCACUUCAACCACAACAUUGAAGACUUCCGUCUUCCAUUUACCGAAGAGUCACUCAAAGCCGUCAACAACAGCUCGGAGACUCUGACACAACAUCAAAUGGCAGCCCUUGACGCAUGCCGCAAAGCCGCCAACGGCAUACUCGACACAAUGCUGUCGUACAACCUUGACACUGUCAAAGCACUACCGAUGCUCAUAUUCUUCGUGCGCUGCACAUAUGCAUUGGUCAUACUGAUCAAGAUGCAUGUCGCCAUCACGACGCCUGGUAGCGAGAUCUCAAAGAUCAUGGCACCUGAAGAUGUCCGUGUUGAUCAUUAUAUCGACAGUCUGAUGGGCAUGUUUGGAUCUGUUGCCAAUCAGCAAGAGUUCAGACCACAUCCUAAGAUCCUGCGUAUCCUGACCGUGCUUAAGGAUUGGUUCGGCAGGCACAAGGAGAACAUCGCAGCACAGGCUCGCGGCGAACCACUACCUCACCCACCAACAUGGAAUGGUCAGGAUCUGAUGCAACAAGCAGAUCGACUUGGUCAGACACCACUUCACAUGCUCUCGCAAGUCGCCACAGCCAAUCGCCAGUCAGAUCAGCAACCACAACAAGGCGAGGAUCAAGGUCGCGGCGAAGGGUGGACCUUCAACACUCCCUUCCCGGUCGACUACAGCCAGCGCCCAGCACCAGGACAUCCUGACUCUCGCUUUCCGGUACAUCAAGAAAAGCAAGCCCAGCAACAGCAAGCGACAUACCCGCCACCGCCAGACAAUGGCCAGGCUUAUGCUGCUGGCGGUCCUGAUCAGUAUGGUAUCGAUGGUACGAUUCCAGACUAUCUCUGGGGCUCUGGCUUCGAGCAGGCUAUGGGAAUCAAUCUGGGCAGUAUGGAUGAGUUAAAUGGAAGUGGGAUGGAUGGACUGUUCCUUGGUGGAGGGAUGGGACCUUUCAACUUCAAUGGGGAUCCGGGUGCUGCCAGUGGAUGGUGA